AUGUGGGAGCCUUUAGAGCCUGGAAGUUCUCCUGUAGAUUGGUGUGAAGGAAAUUACAGCAUAUCACCAGAUAUAGCAGAAUUUAUGAAUACUUUUAGCAAUGUCGUCUUCUUAUUACUUCCACCAGUACUGAUGCAUUUAUUCAAGGACUAUGGAAGAUUUGUUAAUCCAGCUAUACAUAUUAUUUGGUUCUUGUUGAUGGUUGUUGGACUUAGCAGCGCAUAUUUUCAUGCAACAUUAUCUCUAAUAGGCCAAUUAUUGGAUGAAUUAGCAAUUUUAUGGGUUUAUAUGUCUGGAUUAUGUUUAUUUUUCCCCCGAAGAUAUUUUCCAAACGUCUUCAGGAAUAACAGAAAACUAUUUUCUAUGUUCGUUGUUUUGCCAACAUUGAUAGCUACUGGUUUAGCUAUUGUACAUCUAGUAGCAAACGCAUUUGCUUUGAUGUGUCUAGCUAUUCCAGCAUUUGGUUUUAUGAUUAUUGAACUCAGGAGAACAAAAUCAAUGAGAGUCUAUCGAUUGGGUGUAAGAUGUGGGGCUGUUUGGGUACUAGCAGUGGCUUGUUGGCUAAAUGAUCGUUUGUUUUGCGACACUUGGAUGAAUUUAGUAGCAGAAGAGAAACCUCAGCAAUCAGCAGUACUGAAGUAUUGGCCGAAAAAUGAUUUUGAACUUGGAAUUCCUUAUGUAACAAUUAAAUGUUACAUUCGGGCAGAUAAUAAUACAAAUAUAUAAACUAUAAUUUUUUAUUAACAGAGAAUGAUUCAUAGUGUCAAUACCAUGUCUUGUAAACAUUUUAAUCCUAAAAUAUUAAGUCUGUGAUUUAAUUUCUAAUCAACGUUAUUCACAGAUACAUUUAUACUAUGUUUAAUUGACUUAUCAUAAAUAUUAAUGAAUUUUUUAUAUUAGAAAUUUUCUAUAAUUUCUAUGAGUAAAUUUAUUUUAUAUUAUUAAUUAAUAGAAAGUGAUGUUAUUGAUUUAUUGAAAUGUGCGAAGAUAUAUGAUAA